AUGUCUAGCGGCUCCAGUGAAGUUGAUGUGAUAAGAACACGAAUACCUGCUUAUGAUGAUGAUAACACUGUUCUUUAUGCAUAUGAACCAAACACUGCAUAUGUCAAUAAUCAGGAAAGCGUGAUGUCUGACACAUCCUACAACGAAGAACAACAAAAAACAGUUACGGAUGUCCUCACUCAUUGUCAGGUCAUCUAUGAUGCUAUUCAAAAUCUGGAUAAGAAAUUUGAUGUCAUUCAUGGAAAAGUUUCAAAAAUCCACCGUUUUCGUGUGAAAUCAUUGUGGCAGAAUCGCAAGCACCUUGGAUACGCCUACAGAAAUUAUAAUUACCUGCUUUCCAGAAAGAUCAGACUCCAGAAAAUGAGGAAAAAGGAGCCUCCUUCUUCAUUCUCUUACCCUGAAAGUUAUAGCCCAACUAUGCCGGUGGAGAGGCCAGCAAAUGAUUCCCCGAUCAACCCGGUAGGAACACCCUACCAUUCAGAAGAGGGGUCCCCAGAACGGGAUCCGGAGUCACUCCUCCAGGAGCAGGAGCCGAAUCUGAGCCAGAGUCCGACACUUCCCUCCAUGUAUUCUCCACGUUCAUUUCAGCCAUAUUUCACACCUGAUGAUCCAGUGCAGGGCUCCUCUUCCAUGCCCUGCUAUUCCAGCCCAGGGGCCCAGAGCACCCACAAUAUCUUCUCACCUACCCGAGCUUCUGCAACAGUAUCUGGAUCCAUGCUGGGUCAAGGUGAGCCCAGUCCGGCACAUAACCCGGAGGUGACGACUUACCCAACUCUAAUGGAAAAUAAGAGCCUCGGCCGUACUGCCUCAUCUCUUUGUAUGCCACCCAACUUUGCUACAAGUUCACCAAUUGGAACUGACCCAAGGAUCCUAAAACAAAGCUUCUCUGAUGACCCUUCAACCUGGUCCGUGGAUGAAGUGAUCCAGUUUCUGAAACAUAUAGAUCCUCAGACACUCACCCCCAUCGCUGACCUUUUCAGGCAACAUGACAUUGACGGGAAGGCUCUGCUACUACUCAACAGUGACAUGAUGAUGAAGUACAUGGGGCUGAAGCUGGGGACAGCUGUGAAGUUGUGCCACUACAUUGAUAGGCUUAAAGAAGAAAAAUUCUUUAACAACUGAAAACACGUUAGUGUAGAUUUAGCUUGGACUUAAUUCAGGGGAGACCAGUGCCAUUUUGGUGUAAAAUCAUUUUUCUGCCCUUAGAAGUUUUUGUCGUGUAGAAGGUUCUUUUAAAACUAUGUUCUGUCCAGAAUUGCAGAACUACGUUACAGUCUGGUCUACUAUUUUAGAAGCCAUUUAACAUGUUAGUAUUGGCAUAUUCAGAUUGGGAGUUUGUUUUUUAUAUCUUUUUAUCAUUUUCAUUGUAUAGUUUACAAAUGUUCUUCACACAAGAAACAGAAACACCUUUAAUUUCUGUUCAUCUUUAUCUAUAGAACCAAAACAGCUGAAUCCCAAAGAGUAAAUAUCAGGGACUGAAAAGUUCUCUAAUAAAUCCAUGGGUUUUCCUUAUAAGAAAACUUAAAGAUGCAACUGUAGAUAGCAUCUUUCUAAAAUAUUUUAUGUUUGUUACUGUAAGGUUCUGUUCAUGUUCUACCAGCUUCCCAAAAGGGAAAACCAUAU